AUGCCAACAUAUCAGGUAAAAAGACGCACAAGAGCGAAAAAAGAUGACGAAGUCGGGAAAACAUCGGGAAAUGGACGCACGCCUGACCAGGCUCAUAAUAAGGUCCAGCCAGGCCCGGCUUACAAUUGGUGUCCCAAAAAACAGCCUGACACGGCUUCAAAUAGUGAUCCAGCCAUGACCCGCCUUACAAUAGGUGUUCACGUCCAUAAUAAUAAUACCGAUUCCAUUUGUCGUAGACCAGAGGAUCAACAAGAGACAACACUAACUCUUUGGACGGUUGAUUGUUCGGUUCACUGUGUGACGUUAACAGAGUCCAGACGGAAAACGCUAGGAAAGCUAAUCCAAGAUGCGUAUGAUUGUGGAGACGACGGAGAAGCAAACACCCUGUUAAAAGUCUUGGACAAAAUCAGCGUCGCAGAAAAGAAGGACAAUCCUUACGUCUUGGACGAAGAAGGCACCAAGACCUCACGAUCUAGCAUCCCGUCAAUAACGUUCGUAAAGCAGGUGGUACCCAAACAACCAAUACCACAACCAAUGCCGGAGGUCCAUCAUCAGGUUACCAAGGACAGAACCAUGAAUCAGGCACCCUCUGGGCUUGCUCAAAACUCGACAACCGAGGUUGGUGAAGAUAAGGCGACCUGGUUCGAAGGUGCUGCAUCAAAAGAGGAGUCAGACAAGGUGUUAGCAAUCAUGUCUUCGAAAAAAGGAACCUUAGAGAUGCUUAAUGGCGACGUCAUUCACAACGGCAGAAUCCUAAAGGGGGGUAACGCUCAAAUGACGGAAUCCUUAGCCCCGCUGUCACCAGGCCUAACGAUCAUUCUGAAAGGACUAUCUUCCUAUAUCCAACUCACGGUGUUUGACAAAGAGUGGCUCGUGAAAGACCAAAAAGCAUGGUCAACUAGAACCACAAAGUCGGAUAAGAAGGAGUCAGGAGAGGCCCGAAUCUAUGGGGGAGAGGCGCCUGUAGAAGAACUUACGAUCGAUUUCGAAGUUUGGAGCGAUUGUAUGGAACUGUUCUGUUCUCACCUAAUCACAUGCGGAUGGAAACCUGUCGCAGAACGCUUCGAAGGCCACAUAGCAGUGGUGAAGAAACUACGUAAGGACUUCGGUUGGAUGGUUGCCCUGCGCUACUGCCGACUGGUAAGGCAAGGGGUAAUGCACGAAACAAUCGACAAAUCUAUUGGUAAUUACGCCGAGCUUCAAGAGACCCUGUUAAUCAAAGCAAAAACAACCGCUGAAAGUUACAACGAGCGCCAUUACAAAACAAAUCCUUAUGCUCCGGGGAAACCAAAGUCGAACAUAUGCCCUUUGACAAACAAGUCAAAGUUCAACUUACCUUCUGCAACCUCCUUAUCAAACAACGUAACCGAGAACCGCCACGCGUCCACGAGCUCAUACAAAGGUAAUGGGAAAGGUGGAAGGGGUGGUGGCAACUACAAAGGCCAAAACGACAAUGGGAGAAGACGGAACGAUUGGAGGAAAGAUGAUCGUUACGCAAGUGACAGGUACUCAGAAAGAUAUGCAGGUCACAGAGACAGAGGCAGGAGCCCGGACAGGAGGGACAAGCACGGAAACCCUGUCAAAGGGAAGAAAGCAAUGGAAGAAGCUGUACUAACAUGCUUGAAAACUGUUCCCAAUGUGCCUAAGUUCCCCCUUGCCCUUGACUAG